AUGUCUCUAGCAGCACUAACACCUGUAUUAAAUGAUUUAUUUCAUAAAGAGGAUGGCAAAUCAUCGCCUUUUCCAGAACGGCAAUCUCAACAACAAUUAACUAACUCAAAUGACUCGCCGAAUGACGAUAAUUUUCUACCGAGGCCAUCCGUUGGUACUAAUCAAUAUUCAUCUUCUUCUGCUAUUAAUGAUAGUCCUCGUCAUCGUCAUUCAAUCAUGCCAUUCAAGUUGCACAAAUCAUUGAAGCGAGAAGAUUCUUUUUUAAAAAAGUUUUCUAAUCGUUACGGUUAUAGUGGAUUGGCAUCGAUGGAUUCAGCAAAACGAAAUCUUCGAUUAAAUCUGGACAAAGAAGAACCAAUUAAAUCGCGCUAUGAAUUUAUCAGUUGGAUUCUUCGCAGGUGCAAUUAUUUUGUUAUAUCAACAGACGAAUCGUUUUUAUUUUAUUGGUUAAUUUUAUUGAGCAUCUGUGUAUUAUAUAAUCUUUGGUUUUCCAUUGCACGUCACGCAUUUGAUCCAUUACAACACAACUACGCACACACAUGGGAAAUUAUCGAUUGUAUAGCUGAUUUCAUUUAUUUUCUUGAUAUUUUUAUUCAAUUUCGAACCGGCUAUCUUGAACAAGGUUUACUGGUUUAUAAUCAUUAUAAACUUGCAAUGAAUUAUAUUCGUUCAUCUCGAUUUAUUUUUGAUAUAUUAUCCUUGACACCAUUAGAUUUACUUCAAAUAAAGUUUGGUUCAAUACCAAUUCUACGUUUUCCACGUUUUUUCAAAAUUUAUCGAACGUUUCAACUCUACUAUUUACAAGAAUCAAGGACUGUAUAUCCGAAUACAUAUCGUGUUCUAAAUCUUCUUCAUAUACUUCUUCUAUUGGGACAUUGGUUAGCAUCGUUUUAUUUUAUGGUGUCGAAAGCCGAAGGUUUUGUUGGCUAUUGGUCAUAUCCAAAACCUGUUGGAAAUUUUUCACAAUUAGCCAAAAUGUAUCUUCGUUGUCUGUAUUGGUCCACAUUAACAUUAACAACCAUUGGCGAUUUACCACCGCCAGAAACAAAUUGGCAUUAUAUGUUUUUGAUAAGUGUUCAUUUGUUCGCCGUUUUUGUCAUAGCUAUUAUCGUGGGACAAGUUGGCAAUGUUAUUACGAAUCGCAAUGCUAGCCGUCUAGAAUUUGAACGUCUAUUGGAUAGUGCAAAACAAUAUAUGCGAUCGCAUAAUGUACCAGCUGAAAUGCAACGACGUGUUCAACGUUGGUAUGAUUAUUCUUGGUCACGUGGCCAAAUGUCUGGUGCUGGCGAUGUUCAUUCAAUAAAACUUUUACCAGAUAAACUUAAAACGGAACUAGCUCUUCAUGUUAAUUUGGGAACAUUGAAGAAGGUGACUAUAUUUCAAGAGUGCCAACCGGAAUUUCUACAUGAUCUUGUUUUAAAAAUGCGUGCAUACAUAUUUACACCUGGCGAUAUCAUAUGCCGUAAAGGUGAAAUCGCGCGGGAAAUGUUUAUUAUAGCUGAUGGUGUUCUCGAAGUCGUCAAUGACAACAGCGAUGUUUUAACACGACUAGUUGCCGGUGACUUUUUUGGCGAAAUCGGAAUUUUAAAUAUUGAUGGUGCCAAUCGACGCACAGCUGAUGUACGAAGUGUCGGCUAUUCUGAAUUAUUCUCAUUGUCAAAAGAAGAUGUUUUGGAAGGUUGCCGAGACUAUCCUGAAGCUGAAACUAAAUUGUAUGAAUAUGCACAUAAUCGUCUUGAUUUUGGUCGAGCUAAAAAUGAAGCAGGAGGCAAAAUAAAGGGCGCAUUCAAUGCCUUAACAUCCAUUGCAUCUUGUUUAACACAUAAUCCAGCGGCAAUCGCGUCAACAUCACCAGAUCUUUCAUUUGUACCAACAAAAACUGAUAAAGAUUUAGUUAAUGAUAAUUCAGAUAAUGACGGUGAAGUUGAAAAAAGACCAUCGGACUGUAGUGGCGAAGGAAUAUCAUCAAUAGAUACUGCGAGAUUAAAGCCAAAAAUUUUGAAGUCGAAUUUACAAAAUUGUGGCUGGAAAGAUCAACGUAUACUUGAAUUUUAUCAAAAUUCAUCAUCAAAACAAAUCUCUUUAUUUCGAUCGUCCGACUGUAUUCAUUCGAAUGAUUUGAUAAGUGAGAUCGAUUUGUUGAUUAGCGAUAAAAUGUGUUCAGUUGAACAAUCCUAUCGACAAGAAAUUGCAGAAUUACAAGAACAAAAUGAAAGUAAAGAUUUACGAAUAAAAUUAUUAGAACAGAAAUUACAAAAAUUACAGCAAACACUUUUCAAUCGAAAUAGAGGAUGGCUUGAAAAUCAAUGA